CACAAGCAUGCCAAAAGAAGAUGCUUGCUUGCAAGAAAUGUAAGGGUAAUCAUGAAAAUCAACAAGAAGUUUUCCCUCCCAAUUCACCCACAGCACAAGCUAAAGCUAGAGAAUACCGAGAUCCCAUUCAAUUGCAACGGAUGCAAGGAAGCUGGAAUUGGGUUAACAUACAAAUGCCAUGCUUGCGAUUUCAACCUUCACAAGGUAUGUGCCUUAGCACCUUCAACCCUAAACCAUCCCUUCUACAAGAAAUGUCAUUUCAAACUCCACAACAUUCCCUUAGGCUCGAUCUUAAGGUUAUGUGAUGCUUGCCAUAACGAAGUUCAAGGGUUCGUGUACCAUUGUAAGAAGUGUGGGUUUGAUCUUCAUCCUUGUUGUGUGAGUUUACCUCAAGUGCUGAAUGAUAGAGAACGUGAUCUUUACUUGCAUAACAAGCUAUCAAGGCCGUGCCAUUAUUGUAGUAAGAAAGGGCAAGGUUGGGCUUAUGUAUCUGAGUGCAAGAUGUAUAAUCUCCAUGUAUCCUGUGUUAAAGAAACGCUUUUGGAGAGUUGGGAGGCUAGAUACUUGAAUGUUGACAAGAGCUUGGUAAGGGAGUUGGAGGAUAGGAUACCUAGUCUUAAGGGGACUUCGACAAGUCAUCGCGGUGAUGGAUCCGACAACGGCGACAAUUUGAUCAGGUGUUGUGAGAUUGUAGGGAGUGGUAUUAAUAUCAUUGUGUCCGCAAUCUUAGGUGAUCCUACAGCACUCAUUGCUGGGGUAAUUGGUGGGUUAUUCUCUAAUUAAUAGGGAGGAAAAGAAGAAAAAAUGUUAAUGUGAACAUUUUGUGAAUAUUGAUUAUAAUUUAUGUGUGUUAAUCUCCAAAUUCAAUUUCGACAAUUGUACAUAAAUUAUACGAAGCACAAGUCUAGUGACUAAAAUUCGUGUCUAUGUUUGGAAAAUAUUGAGCACAAAUACGCUCAAAUGAUUGGUAUAGCAAUUCUUAAAUAUUUUAUGGAGCUCUCGAUUAUGAAAAUGCUAUGUUUUUUUGACAGAAAAUGUACUUAGAAAAAAAAAUACCUUACCGACUUACGGUAUAUUUGUAUAACGUUCAAAAAGAAAAUAAAUCGUGUUAGUGAAUUGUACGUUAUGGAAUUGAA